UUGACAGAUGAAGUAUAACAAUAAAUAAACCCUCUGUGAAUUCAAAUUAAAUUUGAUUUAUUAAAAAAAUAAGAACAAAAUACAUUAAUAUUUCUUAGAGAUGACUCUAUAACUUUCUUAAAGCUAAACGACGAAUGUUUCAAAAUGUUGGAUUCUUCGCCUGAGGAUGAGGAUUUUCCUGGACGUCUCUUGCAUCAAGCUGCUUUAUGGGAUAAUACUGAACUGCUGGAAGACCUUCUUGAGGGAGGUCAAAAACAGUUCAUUAACUCUCAGGAUAGUUGGGGAAGAACACCCUUACAUGCUGCUGCGAUAACAGACAAUUCUCUCUGCCUGAAAAUACUGCUUGAAAAUGGUGCUGAUCCUAAUAUUUCAUGUGGCUUGAGAGGAGAAAAUAAAACUCCUCUACAUCUCAGUGCAGAACAUGGUCAUAUAACAAAUGUUUCUUUGCUUCUAGAGCACAAUGUAGAUCUUUUACAGAGAGAUAGUAAUGGUAUGACUGCAACUGAUUUGUCUGAUAAGCUUGGACAUACUUCAUGUGUCUCAUUAUUGAAGAGUGCAGCAGAUGCGAGAGAGAAGAAUCGACAAAGUAAUCACUCUGCCCUGCGAAUUGCGUGCACUAAAGGCGAUGUUGAUUCAGUUAAACAGAUAAUUUCUUCCCUCUACAAAGAUGCUGAGCUGAUAAUAAAUAUGGCGCCUAGCGGCGCAAAUACACUCCUUUUUCUAGCAUGCCAAAUAGGAAACAAAGAAAUAGUGAAGAUAUUAUUAGAUCACGGUGCAGAUGCCAGAUAUCACCCCAUAACCAAAUACUCCCCUCUGUAUAUAGCUUGUUAUCAUGGGCAUCAGGAAAUUGUGGAAAUUUUACUCCUACGGUUUCCCGAAUUGGUGCAGCAACACACUGUGGAAAGAUGGUUGCCUACGCACGCCUGCUGUAUCAACGGUCAUGCCAGUGUAUUAUCCUUGCUGUUCAACUUUCCCUAUCCUAGUCAUAUCUUACGGAGAUACAGAGACGCGACGGAAAAAUGGGAAUACUUCAUGCCCUUCGAUAUAAACGAAAGAGACGCAAGCGGCCAGAAUAUUUUAUAUCUGGCUUGCCUACUGGGUAAUAAAGCACUUCUCGACGUAAUAAUAACAUUCAGAGUUAGAGCUACGCGAGUACCCAACAAUGAAGAUAACGUGAAUUCAACUCCAAAUGAAGAAAUAACAUCGCCGCCAAGCCCGAGUAAGCGAAGGAUCUCAGAUGGCAUCCAGUCAAUCAUGUCCAAACUGAACCUGAGCAGGAGCUCGUCCUUCGAAAAGACGGAAUCAAGUUCGUUCUUGAUGAUAUGUCCGCUGAAGGUGGACAUGUAUUGCAACAAUAACACUGAGACCGCCCUGCACGCAGCCGUCAAAGGGAAGCAUUAUGAGAUGGUCGCGGCUCUCCUGAAGAUGAAGGCGGAUCCUAACGCUAAGAUCAAAGUUUACCAUGACAUCAACGAUAGUUUCACGUGUUCCAUGUUAGAAGAAGACCUUAACUCCGUACAGUCAACUGCCCUGGAAGAGGCUUGUGGGAAUAGAGACGUAGCCAUCGUGGAUUUGUUGUUGAAAAACGGUGCAAGAGAUGACGAUUGCAAAGCCUUAAUAAUCGCGUUCAAGAAUAAAGAUGAAACGUUAGUCGCUAAAUUGUUAUCCACCAAGGCUCAUCCAGAUACCGAGUUCAAAAUCAACAAGAAAGCCAUGACUGAGAGCGUGAACGGACCGCAGUACCGAAUCUUCUCCAACAUAACCCAGCUAACCUACAGCACCAUGUUUCCGAACGUCGCGACCAUGAUCAACUGGCACAGCCAAAAAUGCAACUUGAACCACUUGAAGAAGCAGUGGUUGAUUGAUUGUGCACUCCACCUGAACCCCAAACUCAAGCAAAAUCCCAGGAGUCACGAUCUAUCUCUCUACGCGAUAACACGUCUAGAUGUCUCUAAUAACAGUUUGACCACGGUGCCCCUCGUCGUGUUCCAACUGAGUAGCUUGAGGUAUCUGAAUCUGUCUCAGAAUAAGAUUGAGAAGCUUCCCUCGCCGGAAUCGCAACCGCAGCAAAAGAGGAGCAGGUUGAAGAAGAACGCCCAAGUCGAAUCUGCCGGAUUCUGCUGUCCGUGUCUUGAAGAGUUGUAUUUGCAAGAUAACAAACUGGAUCACUUGCCGGACGAUGUGUUCAAACUUCCUGCCUUGAACACCCUGGUGGUCUCCAAUAACAAGUUGCAGCAAUUGCCUUACAGUAUGUGGCUGUCACCGAAACUGAAAGAGUUGAAUGUAUCUUUCAAUUUUCUGAAAGAGCUCCCAACGGUUUAUGAGCAGAUGAAAGAAGAUCUGGAUCACAUAAGUAUGAGCUCUAGUGACAGCCAGCUUUCGAAUUAUAUCGACGAGAAUGACAGCCAACGACACUUGGAUUUCGAUUACGAAACUAAAUUUUAUUCGGAGGACAACGUACAAGUGCGUUAUAGGCAAAAAGAAAGAAUAAUGAGCCAAAUCGAACUCACUAAACACCAUAUUUGGACCAAGAAUGUAGAUGUAACCGAUCAGGUCCACCACAACAACGAAACCCAAAUAGAACUCUCAUCGCAACUGUCAGCCCUGAAUCUGGCCCAUAAUUUAUUCACGAGCGUUCCGGUAGCCCUUUCUUGUCUAGCAGUCAAUCUGACCAGGUUAAACAUGGCGUUUAACAGCCUGCGUUCGAUGUCGCACAUUACCAGCUAUCCCAGUUCAUUGAGACAGCUCGAUCUGAGCCACAAUCAGAUCAGUUGCUGGCCCAGUUUGCCUCAGGUCGAAACCCAGGACGUCAUGGAACUUGCCAAUAUUGCGUGCUACUCUAUUUCUAACAAUCUGAAGGAUAAAAAUCCGUCCGUUGCAGUGCAGCGCCAAUCCGCAAGAUCGGUGAGGAACACCGUUUUACACACCGUGUGUUCCCAUCGGAGGCAUUUACGUUUGGAUAAUUUACGAACGCUCCUUUUAGCGAAUAAUCACCUGAAUAGGAUACAACUGACUACUGAUGAUGAUGGAGAUCUUUUCAACGAUGAAGAGGACCCUGACAGAGUUGCUUCGAGUAAAAUUCGUCUAAUGUUCCCUAAUCUGUCGAUGUUGGAUAUCAGUAAUAACAAUCUAAAGGAUGUGCCUACUAAUAUUCACGAAUUAAGCAACUUGUCAGUACUCAACAUAAGCGGCAAUUUAGAAAUUACCGAUUUACCACCUCAAAUGGGUUUGCUAUCGAGGCUGUGGAACUUGAACACCAGAGGAUGUCCUCUUCAAGAACCUCUGCGAUCAAUGAUCGAAAGUAAAAAGUACAAAACGAUGGACAUCAUAGGAUAUCUCAAGUCGGUAUUGGAGGACGCCAAGCCAUACGCCAGGAUGAAAUUGAUGAUUGUGGGCGUUCAAGGCAUCGGAAAAACCAGUUUGUUGGAGCAACUCCGACAAGAAGGAAUCACCAGAAAAAGAUCGGAGCACUGGAUGAAGAGGGUAGGGAACAAGAAUAUGAAUAUAAAACCAGUGAAAGGUAUGAAUAUAUCUACAGUUGGGGUCGACAUAGGGGAUUGGAUAUUCGAGAAGAAGAUCAGGAAUCAGUCUACCCACGGUCCCGUUAUAUUCCGUACUUGGGAUUUUGGUGGCCAGAAAGAAUAUUACGCUACACAUCAGUAUUUUCUGUCCAAAAGAAGUUUGUACCUGGUGGUAUGGAAAAUAUCGGAUGGUCAGAGGGGCAUAGGUGAAAUACUCCAAUGGCUUGUAAACAUACAAGCCAGAGCCCCAAACGCCCCGGUGCUUAUAGUUGGGACGCAUUACGACGUCAUUCAAGAGAUCAAUCCCGCCAUAUCCGAGGCAUAUCAGCAGAUAAUUAGAGAUCGCUUCAUCAACAUCGUUGAUCCGGAGAAAUGCGGGCUGCCGAGAGUUCUAGAUACCAUAGAAAUCAGUUGUAAAACUAGGCACAACAUAAAGCUCCUCUGUAACUUAAUUUACGAUACAGUAUUCAGUCUCAGAUUACCGGGAAGUAAAGAACUUUUGCUGGAACAAAAAGUUCCCGCCUCGUAUUUAGCUCUUGAGGAGGUCGUGAACCAUAUUGCCUUCGAGAGGAAGAUGAACGGACUGGACCCUGUGUUGAAUGCUGAACAAUACAAGAUGGUGGUAUCGGUCGACAUGCAACAACGGUUUAACAAAACAUUCAGAGAUCAUUCAGAGCUUCAUCAAGCCACGAUGUUCCUUCAUGACAAUGGAGUCUUAUUACACUAUGACGAUGCCACCCUGAAGGAUCUUUACUUCUUGGAUCCCCAAUGGCUUUGUGACAUGCUGGCGCACGUGGUUACCAUAAGGGAGAUCAACCCCUUCGCUCGAACUGGCAUAAUGAAACUGGACGAUCUCAGGCACAUAUUCCGAUCGAAUAACAUAGGCGGCAUGGACACCAAAGGGUACAUAGUUAAUUUGUUGAACAAGUUCGAGGUGGCUCUUACUUGGGAUUCGAGGACCCUUUUGAUUCCUUCACUCCUUCCUACCGAGGAAGAAAUGAUCAAUUCGCAAAUAUACCCAGAGCUGUGCAACCUCCUGGUCAAGGUCAAAGUACCGAUAAGGUCGAGAGGAUGGGCCGUUCGCAACAAAAAGAUUUCUUUGUCGCCGAAGUCGGUCAUAUACCAGAAUCCGGAUUUUCAGAUGAAUUUGCCUUCUACUUCCGGUUCCUCUGACAAGCAUUCGAAUAUUCCAGAACCGCCCUCAACCAAGUAUAAGUUGAGCAGCUGUUCUUCAGGACGUACGAUCACCAGACUUUUGUUGAUGUCUUAUUUUCCGUCAGGAUUUUGGUCUAGGUUGAUAUCGCGUCUAUUAGCAGACGAUACCAUAACCGACAUAAUCAGAUCAUUCUUCAUAGUUCCUAAAGAUCUUGUUAAAGAUCCUGAAUUAUCGAAGUUGCUAGAUGUGAAAGCUGAUUGGGUGUUGUGGCAAACCGGUGUGGAACUCAAAUACGGUGACAUAACCCUUUUUAGAUUGAGAGAAAUUCUUCACACUUCAGACGCGGUCUACAGACAGAUGAAGUUUCGCAUUAAACAAGAUGGUAUAUGGGUUGACGUAGACAUGGAAACCAGCUCCAUUUUGGAGAUAUACUUUCCUCUCGAAUUUCUAAUGGUCAAAACAAAUAACGACGAUGAGAUAGUGUUGAAGAGCACUGACGAAAGCACAGCUCAACUUCUCGCCCUGGCCGUGGACCACAUCGACAUAUUGCUCGAGGACUGGUAUCCGACCCUGGGUACGAGAUUCGUUCAUACCUCCGAAGGAAAAUUUUUAAUAACUCGACUGGUGCCGUGUCCGAGUUGCUUGACACACGCUGUCGAUUGCGAGCAAAAUCAUCCCUACGAUCCCAGCUCCCUUUAUUUGCCUAGGGUUCAUGUGGAUUCUUCGAAACCGUCCGGGAGGGAAUUUUAUCUGGAUCAAGUGCAGCCCUUACCACGAAAGUCUCAAGAAUCCAUCGUUUCCGAGAGCGACAGCGGCGUGGGACACGAUUCCGAAUGUUCCAGUAGGAUGGCGUCGGUCGAGGGACAUCCCGGUAUAGUGAGCGAACGCCACGGCGGCGAAUCCAUGAAUUAUUCCUGGAUGGUGGAGGAAUGCAUCCUUGCCGCUUACAGCGCCAAGGUGGUCAAGUGCCCGACCCACGGUGAGAUUCCGCUGACGGAGAUCGCCCCCGAUGCAAUUUUUAUGGACCUCGGUGACCGUUACGUGGUCAAGUCUGAGAACAUAAAAAGAGGCCGACUAUUAGGCAGAGGGGCCUUCGGCUUCGUCUUCGUUGGCAACUGCAAACUGCGUAGUGGUAACGUGAUCGACGUGGCCAUGAAGAUGCUCCAGCCUGUGCAGCCGGACGGAAAUGCCAGUCAGUCUGCCAUCAUCGCUUACAAGGCCGCGCAAGUAAAGUGGGAACGGGAUCCGCUGCAGUACGCGUGCAAGGCCUACUGUACCGCUAGACAGGAGUUGAACAUUCUGAUGACCCUGAAGCAUCCGCAUAUAGUUCCCCUCAUCGGUCUGUGCACCAGUCCUCUUGCCCUCAUCCUAGACCUGGCCCCUCAGGGAGCACUGGACCUGGUGCUGAAGCAUUAUAGGCGUUCCGGCGCCAGCCUUGAGCCGUCCACAUUGCAGGCCGUCAUCUUGCAGGUGGCCAAGGCCAUAGAGUACUUGCACCGUCAGCGCAUAAUAUACAGGGAUCUCAAGUCGGAAAACGUGUUGGUGUGGCAGAUGCCGCCGCCCUUUGUGGACGAUCCGACGACUCACCCCGCCCUCAUCAAGUUGGCCGAUUACGGAAUCAGUCGCCUCACGCUGCCCUCCGGUACGAAGGGUUUUGGCGGAACGGAGGGCUUCAUGGCGCCGGAAAUAAUGAUGUACAACGGCGAGGAGGAGUACACGGAAAAGGUGGACUGUUUCUCUUUCGGGAUGCUAAUCUACGAGCUGCUCACCCUGCACCAACCAUUCGAAGGACACGAAUCCAUUAAGGAGUGCAUAUUGGAGGGAGGCAGGCCUCCCCUCACUUACAGGGAAACAUUGUACCCCAGUUACUUCCUGGAUCUGAUGGUGCUAUGCUGGUCGCAGCAACACAAAAACCGACCGUCCGCAAGUCAAAUAGUGUCCAUCGCUAGUGCCCCAGAAUUUACGCAUCUAAGCGAUGUGGUUUCUCUGAAACAUCAAUCGGACGUUGUUGCCACCGCAAGCAUUGGUCUUACUCACAUAACAGAGGAUGGCCUCUCGGGAUCGGAAAUGUGGUUGAUGUGCGCAAACUCAAGAAUAGACCUUUUGCUGUCUGCUAACCAGUGCUGGAUGCAGUACCACACCAUGAUGUUACCUAUAAGAGCGACUGCAACUUGCACCGUAGCCCACAUGAUUUGGAUCGGAGAUUAUUCCGGAAAAAUUCAUGGAUAUCAGGCUUGCGAUGCGCAUAUCCUAUUUUCUUAUUCGUUAGAAAAUGAUGCCAGCGUUCAAGUGGAAGCUCUGCUUUAUUUGGAACCGUUGAAGAGAGUCGCUUGCGCUCUCUCUAACGGGCGUCUUUUCCUAGUCAAUUCGGAAACGAUACCAUCGACACCCACGGCCGCUGAAGGGACCUUCGUCAUGACCGAGCUUGGCUCCAGUUCCAUCAUCUAUUGUAUGUGUGCCGUUUUUUACGAGGAUAAACAAACUUGCGAAAUAUGGUGCGGUGGCAACAACGGCUUCAUUUCAAUUUACACGAUCAAAGACCAGGUGGUGGCGGGCCACGAGACUAUCAACCACUUCAAUCCUCUGUUGGAAGAGGUAAACGUGAUGAAUCUGAUAGCAUCAGACAGAACAGUCUGGUCCUAUGUCCAACCGGGCUGUGUAGUCUAUCGGUGGAACGCGGAAUCUAAAGUGAUUGUGGAUAAGUUGGAUUGUUCCAAACUAGUUCCAUGUUCCGAGAGCCUGAAGUCCAUAUCCAUCGAGGAACAUUUAAGUCCUACAAAAUGUCAGGUUUCAAGCAUGGCAAUCUUGGAUAGCGAUAUUUACAUUGGAACUACCUGGGGAUGCAUCAUAGUGGCGGAAAGUUGUUCACUUAGACCAAUAACUAUCUUCAGACCAUACGAAGAAGAAGUCAGGGCAAUCGUGCCCCUGUCCUUUUCUAAGAGCACAGGAUCAGAGCGAAAAGAUCCACUGAUAGCUACGAUUGGUAGGGGAUACAGGAAUUUACUAACUAGAUACACUGACGUUCAGAUAAAUAAUCUGAACAGCUUAACAAGUCCGAUUAUAAAUAAAAACUCUAAUAAUUUACCGACAAAUCAAAAUAUGUUUGUGUUGUUGUGGAGGGCGAAGGGGUGGAAUGCUGUUUGAAGCUUCUGCGGAGCUUCUGAGACAGAAACGGUCAAUUUUGGCGUCGUACGAAUAGUUUUUAAAAUUAUGUAUUUAUUAAUUAUUGUUUUACCACAAAUUACGAAUUAAAAUGUACUGAUGGAAAUAACCAAAUAUUUACACUCUUACUUCUGUGAAUCUGAUGUAAUUUUAAGUUCACACUUGAUAUUAGCGACAAUAUAUUUUUGCAUUAGUGAACAAUUGUGAUUUUCAAGCAUAACGCUGCUCGUUUAGAGUGAACUGAUUGGUGUUCAAUGUAAGAAUUAUUUUUGACAGAUGAUUUCGAGGUUAUAAUUUCAGAAACAAUCAAAUAAAUUGCCCCUUGUUUGUGACUUUGUAGCAUUUGUAAAUUAAUUGGGAAAAAUCAUAGGAAUAGUUAUGCUAUGUAAAUAAUAUUCUGCACCACAAGAUUUUGAUGAGGCUAAAAUGUUUUUUUUUUACCUAUCCGACUAUGAUUUAUUAUUCAAUACAUAACGAUAUUCAUGCCGCUGUUAUUCAUCUGUCUCUUGAAUUUUACAUGAUCUGUGAUUAUUUCUUGUCAUUUAUUGUUUCUUUUGUUGAAAUUAAAAUGAAUAGUAAAAAGUA